AAUGGCGCAGCAGUGGGUGCAAAGCGUGGUCUAGAUCGGUUACGUAAAGGGGAACGUGGUUGACACAUUUCCAUUACCAAAAUUACCGAUUGAGGCCAACUUCUGCAAUCGUGGUUAGCGAUAAGAAUAAAUGGCGUUUUUAAUUGCUAACCUGUUAACAAUGCCAAAAACUUUGCUCGAAAUGUGUUUGUAAAGUGUUCCGGUCAGUUUGAAAAAUGUGAAUUAGUUGUGACUGAAUUACAAAUUAUGUACUGCCUCCAGUGGCUUAUUCCUGUGUUGUUGAUGCCCAAACCUUCAAACCCAGCCCUGGUACAGACCCAUGUUAUGUUCAUGGUCUUGUAUUUAAUUGGAUUCUUCCUGGAGAGAAAACCCUGCACAAUAUGCAGUUUAGUGUUUCUAGCUACAGUAUUUCUGAUCUGCUACAGCGGCAUGGGCAACUGCCUCUUCUGGGCCUCCUUUUGUGAGAACGAAAAUGGUUAGUUCAGCCGCCAAGUGUUACCCUUUUGACCCAAAUUGAGGUAAAGACAGCCCUUUUAACUAUAUCAGGACCCCGUGAUUAUUUAUUAUUUUUUAUGCAAUUUUUCUGUACAUAAAUAUUAUGUUUACAUUGUUAUUUAUUAAGAAUGGCAUCUGCUACCAAAGAAGCCUUUUUGAUAUGUACAUAACUCGUAACGAUCCUAUAAUUUUGUGAUUUUUCAACAACGUUGAAUUAGAAACACCAAUGAUGAGCAUAAUGUGCCACUUGUACAGUAUCUUUUCAAAUAAAUCUUCCAUCUGUUACUUUAGAAUUAUUGUAAAAAUGUUAUGUUAUAGAUUCUUUAUUUGCUUUAAAUAAAUGAUGCUAAACAACUAA